AUGGCGAGGCGACGGCAAUCUUGGCCGGUGAAGGCCUUUAUCACAGAAGAUCUCCCUCUGUACCACAACCUUGUCCUGAAACACCUGGCUGGAGCGGAUCCCGAACUGGUGCUGCUCAACUUUAAGUAUGAAGAGUUGCAGAGAAUUCCAUUGGCUGAAAUGUCCCGGGAAGAGAUCAACCGGCUGGUGAAAGAGUUGGGGUUCGACCGGAAGGAGACGCGCGAUUCACCUGUUCCGGAAGAGUUCCAGCUUGCCCCCGCGAAGCCUCUGCCUGCCUCAGAAGAAUCCCAGAGAGAACAGGCGGCAGAGAGGAAAGGGGCGAAGGGCAGCGAACUGUAA